AUGUAGCUUUAAGUUAAAUGUAACGAUUAGUCAUGGACAUUCAGAAGACCUCUGGCUAAACUCACCAUGAAAAAAAUACUGAAAAGACUUCCCUAUAGGAUAACUAAUCUCCCCAAUUUAUUCACAUUCCAAUAUGAAGACUUUGAUGGAGAUAUGAUUGAUGUCACAUGUGAUGCUGACUUGUAGACUAUUAGAGAAUGCCAAUUCAACAACCAAGUGGCCACAAUAUAUGUACAACAAGCAAAAUAAGGUGGUUUUAAGAAAGAAUAAGUAGGUCAUAGAAGAGAAAACAGAAAAGACCAUAUUAAGGAAAUAGUGAACCAAAGAGUUAUGGAACUAAUUCCUGAAAUUACUAAGCAAGUCAAACUAUCAAUUGCAACUGAUGAUGUUUAAAAAUAAAUUGAAACAUUAUCAAUUAACAAUACAACCAAAGCUGAAGUUACCGAUGCUAAAAAAAUAGUCCACUAGAGAGUGGCUUGCGAUGGCUGCGAAAUGUUCCCCAUUGUAGGAAUUAGAUACAAAUGUGCAGUAUGUUAAGACUUUGACUUAUGUGAGAAAUGCGAAGAUCUAGGAACCCAUGAACAUGCUAUGUUAAAAAUUAGGAAUCCAGGAUAGGCUCCUUCAAUUAUCAUAACAGCUAUUGGUGAUAAACCAGACUUGUAAUAGGAAAAUAUCAUAAGAAAAUAUGUCGAUUAGAGUUUGGGUUACUAAUCAGUGUAAUCAUUAUCUGAAUCAACACCUGUCCCAUUCCCCUUAGAUAUUUCCUAAAUUUUACAAGAAUAAUAAUAAAUUCCUGAUUCCCACAUCUAUAGAUCUACUAAUCCUAUCGUCGUUGAGUUGUGUGAACUCUUGAGAGUCAGACCAGAAGUGGCUGCGACAUUGUUGGAAUUAUUCCCCAAUUAAAGUGCUUAGGAAAUUAUGGAGAUUAUUGGAGAUGACGUAGAAUACUUGAAUUCCCUACAAAGAUCAACCAUUUGA